UGCACCCAAAAUCGAGCACCGUCCUGUUUGGUUCAUGGACACGAUCCAAGGUGGUGACCUUGUCGACCAGCUAGACCUAGCCGAGGUUUUCUCAUCAGAUUAUGCAAUCUUGGAUAAGCUGAAUACUCAAGUGAGCUGGACUGACACUAUCAUGGACGAGCUGAGCUGGAAUAACACUCACCCAGACGAGCUGAGCAAGUUGGUUCGACCUUCUGAGCUGGAUCGACCAUCAAACCACCCGAGAAGCAACACAGAUAUAUGUUCAUUGUUCGAAGCAUAUCUUCUAAACCAUGAUGUUUCUUCACUUGAAACCACAUGGAGAAUGUGCUCAAUUCAAUUAUGGAACUCCACGAAGAAGAAUCAGAUCAAACAGAGUUCAGAUGAGGGAGUUAUGCCAUAUACAACUCAGUUGAUGUUCAGUUCUCGCGAAUUCAGACAUGUGUGGAUCGUCCCGCGUGUAUCCGUAUCCUUCCCAGCAUGGUGUGUACGACCAGCAUGAACCUGGACAUCUUUCUGAAUCUUGACUAGUCAACAUCUGAGACCGCGCAUUGACCAGUCUUCCUUGUUUUCCACACUUUGACUAGAUCUAGUCAAAUUUGUGUUUUCUAUGCAUUGUUUUCUGCACUUUCUUUUAUUUCUCUUUGACUCAAAGUACUAUAAAAUGUAAUCUUUGAUCAUGGCAAUAACAUCAACGAAAUUUCUUCUUUUAUUUGAGUUUUUACUCUUUGUUCUUUGUCAAGAACACUUUUAGUUUCUUUGGUGUGGUUAGCUCCAAACAAACGCCUCUUUCUAGUUGGACCGGUGCGUCAUAUCCGCCAACUGAUCGAGUUUGCUUCCUUGUCGGACCUGUGAGUCAUAUCAGGCGACAUUCAAGCACCCAGACAGUAUCAUUGGGUCAUUCCGCAACCCUUUGUGUCGUCAUUCAAUCCAUCAGUUCUCUUCGGAGUUCAUAUCUUUCAUACCGGUCGAGUGAUCAGAUUUAGGGUGUAUCAAGUGGUAUCAGAGCCACUCUUCCGGUAACUCUUUAUCAUUCCAUCUUCUCAUCUCUCCAUAUUCUUCUAAACACUUCUUCUUCUACCUUUCUUGAACCCGGGCCCCUCAUUACCCACCAUAGUUAAAAAAAAAAUGAUCUAAGUUUAUGCUGUAAAAAAAAAAGAGAAAAAAAGUUAUAAAAAAAAAAGAAAUUUCAAAGUUUGAUUUGUUUUGUGGUGUGGUGGUGGAAGAGAAAGCCUGCUGGCCGAAGAGAAAUCCGGCCUUUGAGGUGGUUAAGGCGGGUUCCCUCUAAAUCUCUUAUCUUUCUAUCUUUAAACACCUUCGUUUGUUUGGAUCUACCCGUUGGGGAUUCCUAGAGUUGUUCUUCUUAGAACUUUGAGUAUAAGACUUUGAGUGCACACUUUAAACUGAGAGAAACACGUGUGUGGGUGAGGAUCAAACACUCGAGUGUGUGAGAUUUUUAUCUAACGUUUUGUGUUUAAGAAUUUUCAGGAACCAUGACUAGUAAGGAUGAAAGGAGCCGACCAGGAAAUUCUUUUGUUGGUUUAUCUAACUUGCAGAUGAGGAAGAUCAAUGAUUCUGUUGCUAACCUUAUACAUGCAGGUCUAGAACAGAUCCAUCAGAAGCUGGACGAAAUUCAAGGUGUCCAACAGACUCGUCCUAAACCCGCAGCAAGGAGAGAACGCCCUAGGCGGACCAACCGAUCCAAUGACGAUUUUGGAGAAAGAGAGUUCCCUGAUGGCGACAGCAAGAGCCAAAAGAAGAGCACAUCCACACAUGCACCUGUAGCUGAGCCAUCCAUAUUCAUCAGUGAAAAGCCCAAAGGUAAAUCUGAAUGCAGCUUUGAAGAUCUAAAAGAUUUUUCAGAUUCAUUACCAAUUUUUGAUGAAUAUGAUGAUGAGCCAACUGAAAGUCUGAUGAAUUGUGAGGAUACUUGUGAUUUUCCUACUCCUGAAUCUGAGUUGAUGCUUGAUAGUAAACUAACCUGUUUUGAGCCGGAGCUUCCGAGCAGUCUUAUUCUUAGUUCACAGGAUUUUGAGGAAGAGCCAUUCAACCAACCACAUCAUGGACGACUUCCUGGCACUAGGACACCUUUGGAUGAUGAUCUAGGUCCCAUAUUUGAUGAGGAAGACGAUCUUGGUCCAGUCUUUGAUGAGGAAGCACCAAGCAUCAACAUGGACAGUCAUCUUUGCUUUGAUCCCGGCACAACUCCUCCCAUUUUAUCCACUGACAUUCAAGAGCACUGUGAGAAACUUGAUUUGAUUUAUUCUCUGCCUGAAUUGUUUGUUGGAAUCAGUUCUCAUAAUGUCAAAAGUUUUGGUCUAGACAAUGUGAAAGAAUUUUGUGUUUCAAAUUCCAUUUUUGAUAACAUGAUUCAUUCUUUUGAGAAACUUGAACCUGAUAAACUCUUUGAUCAAAAAUGUUUUCUAAAUGACAAUGACAUCUCUUCUGGUCUUGUUUUGAGUUUUGAUCAGUUUCUGAAACAUCACAAAGGUUUUGAUCAUCUUGAAAAAUCAUUUGAGCUUGUUUUGCAACAACCAGAUUUUUGUUUCCGAAAACUUUGUGAUUCCUUUGUUUGUUUCAAGGAUAAUUGGUUUGAUCUGAGUUUCUCUAGUCAUGGACUGAUCACUGGUGAUUUGUUUGCAUUCCCUUGUGCCUUGGACGAAUUUAUGGUUAAGACUUUGCUAGAACAGAAAUCACUUAGAACUGAAACCGAUUCUUGUUGUGAUUCUGAUUUGAAACCUGCCCCUUCUUAUUUUGAAUCUGAUCUUGAUCUAAAGUUUUUGUGUUCUGAAUAUGAUCAACCUAGGCUCGUCUUGAAUAUGUUCUAUGGUGUUUCAUGCCUUGAAAGCAUUCUGAUUUGCAACACCUUCUUUGAAAAACAUAUUGAGCCUUGGAAAAGCUGAAAUGUGUGCAACUUGUUCUUGGAAAAUAUAGCUUGAUUUCUGAUU